CCAAUCGGUUGCACAGCCGCCAGUUCACGCGUCUCACGAAACGACGAUGUAGUGCGUGUGCGUCCGAAAAAUUGGGGGCGUGAAAAUUACGAAAAAUCGGAAAAGCGCGGUUUCGAUCGCGAUCUAUCGUGAUCUGUGAAUGAACACGACUAUUUAUCGUAGUAUCGCGUAUUCGGAGUAUAUUUUUUCCUCACUCCUUUUUCUUUAUAUUUUUAUACAUACACAUGGUCCGUUUGUAUAAGGUGUGAAAUUUCAUUUAUUUUGUGGAUUAUUUAUUUUUCCUUUUUUGUGUGAGUCUCUUUUCUUGCGAGUCUCUACAUUAUACUUCGCACGAGAAAAAUCAACAGACGACGGUCAUGACCGGGUCCAUGAAAGCUGAAGAGGGCGACGGUCCCCCGAAGAUCGAGACUUUUGACGACAUCCUACCAUAUGUCGGCGAAGCGAGCAAAUACCAGUUGUUCCUGUUCAUUUUGCUUUUACCCUUCACAAUCGUUUACUCCUUUUUAUACUUCGCGCAGUUCUUCAUCACUCUCGUACCUGCCGAAUAUUGGUGCGCUGUACCAGAGCUGGAAGGCUUGAAUUUCACUGAUCAUGAAAAGAUCGCGAUAGCGAUACCUCCGGCUACCCAGGAGGAACUGCAGCUAGAAAGCGCCACGUGGUUCUCGAGAUGUUACAUGUAUGAUGUAAAUUACACCGAAUUGAUCGAGCAGGGUAUCAAACAGGCCAAUUCAUCGUGGCCGAUAACCGGUUGCAAUAAAGGAUGGCAAUUCAACCAUACGAUGAUUCCAUAUGCCUCGAUCGCUGCCGAGCUCGAAUGGGUUUGCGACAAGACUUUUCUCGGUUCCGCGGCCCAGUCGGCCUUCUUCGUCGGCAGCAUCAUCGGCGGUCUAAUAUUCGGUUAUAUAGCCGAUCAUUAUGGCAGAAUCCCAGCGUUAGUGUCCUGUAACGCGGUAGGCUUCUUCGCCUCCAUCGCGACGGCCUUCUGCAACAGCUUCUUGUCCUUCUGUAUCGCGAGGAUGGUCGUCGGUUCAUCAUUCGACAACUGCUUCAAUGUUCUCUUCAUUAUCGUGAUCGAGUACGUUGGUCCGAAAUAUAGAACUCUGGUGGCGAACAUGUCCUUCGGAAUUUACUUUGCUUUCGCCGCUAGUAUCCUGCCAUGGGUCGCAUAUUGGAUCGCAGAUUGGAGAAUUUUAAGCGUCGUUACUGCAUUUCCGAUGAUCAUCGCUUUCCUCAGUCCAUGGAUAGUUCCAGAAAGUGCACGAUGGUACAUUAUGAGCGGCAAGAUUGACAAGGCGGUCGAGAUGCUAAAGAAAUUCGCGAAAGUUAACGGCAAGGAAGUGAAGCAGGAGGUGUUUGAAGAGUUUGAGAAGAGUUGCAGGAAUUUAAUCCAGAACGAUCAAUCGCAUAAUCAGUACACCGUAUUGGAUCUCUUCAAAUUGCCUCGGCUAGCUCGUAUUACUAUCGUACUCGUCAUUUAUUGGUGGUUGAUGGUUUGGGUAUUCGACGGGCACGUUUGGAACAUGAAGCUGUUGCAUCCCGACGUGUUCACGUCGUUCUCCAUAGCAUCGAUGACGGAGCUUCCGGCAGCGGUUUUGCUGGCGCUAUUCCUUGACAGAUGGGGCAGACGAUGGAUGGGUUUCGCUUCUAUGUUUUUGUGCGGUAUUUUCUCUUUCAUCGCCCUCGCCACUCCUCCUGGUUUACUAACCGUCACCAUGGCGAUCUUGGCGCGCCUUGGUGUCAAUGUCGCCGCGAAUAUUGGUUUCCAAUACGCGGCUGAAAUGCUGCCGACCGUAGUGCGAGCGCAAGGUGUGUCUCUGAUUCACAUUAUUGGCUACUUCGCUCACAUCAUUGGACCUUACGUGAUUUAUUUGGCCGAUGUCCAUCCAGCUUUGCCCUUGACAGUUCUUGGCCUUUUGUCAUUCCUGGAUGCGUUCUUGACCUUAACGUUACCGGAAACCUUAAAUCAAGAAUUGCCCGAAACUCUGCAAGAAGGUAACGACUUUGGCAAAGAGCAGAGCUUUUGGUGGAUCCCCUGCAUAUCUUCAACUCCACAAUUCAAGAAAAAUAAAAGAAAGGAAAUAAAGAAAAAACAGCAAGAAGGCGUGACGAAUGCGGGCUUCCAUCACGAUAAUAUUCAAACGACCGAUUCUACAAAAUUAUAGCAGCUGAUUUGUUAUAAAUCGAAAUUGCCAAAUUGUUGUAAAUAUUGCGGGUAAGUCCUACAUGUGAUGAUUUUAAAUAUUAAGCUACGAGACAUGUCAAAUGCGGUGUGUGUGACGAUGAUCGAACGAAAAAGUAGUGAUGUAAAGAAAGCGAGACGUUCAAAUUGCGGACAGAGAUGCAAAUGCGCGUCCAAGUUUAUAAAGUUCACUUUGAAGAUAAACGUGAUCGUCUCUAGGAGAUCGGAUUAUCUUUCAAAUCUUUUCUUCGCGAUAUGCGUUACGUCACGUUGUUACGACUCGCAACUUUUUUCGCGCAAGAAGGACAUAGCGUGUUACGUGUACAAAGUUAUUUAAUUCAACGUGUACAAAGUUAAUUAAUUUAGCGAGAAAUUAAUCAUAAUUACACUGAAUUUUUUCUCCCUAUCAUUUACAAGGUAUCAAUGAGGUAAGAAUCGAAAGUAUGUCAAUGAAUUCGAUUUUCUUAUGUUUUAAGGUAGGAUCUUACGCUAGUUAUCUCAUUUUAUUCGCCUGAAUAAAUAUCGUAUUCAAAUACGCUCAAUGAAAUUAGAUCGAUUUCAACAUUUAUUACAUUCUUUAGUCACUUUGUUUCUUUUUUCCGAAAGAUGACAUUUCAAAAUACGUAAAAGGCAACUUUUCAUAAAUAUCGAAUAACAUAAGAGCCUUAUUAUAUUCAAUAUUUUUAAAAUAUUGCGACAGACUAGAUAAUGUGAAUGUAAGAAAGAGACCGUGUCACUUUUGAUAGGAAAGAGACCGUGUCACUUUUUCUUGAUGUGUCAUCAAGAAUCGUAAUUGGCGACAGCUGUCAUAAAAUAAUUAGUAUUAAUAAGUAAAAAAUUCUCAGUAAUUUAAAUUAACUAAUUACAUAAAGAUAGGACACUAACGUAAUUUUUUUUCGCGAUGAAAGCAUUUUUCAUCUUUCACACACUGCCAAAUAUGAAAAUUCUCGAAAGCACGAGACCAAAUAUUUCAGUAUUUCAAUCUUAUUUUGUUCAUCAAUGUCAUCUAAGAAAACAAUUAAAUAAUGAUGUAAAAUAAAA